GUUGCAGCGUUUUCCUUAAUGUUGUUGUGUUUUCCUUUUUGUGUUUUUCUUUUUGUGUUUGUGUUUUGCACUUCAGGGCCAUCGUAGAUAUUGCGUUAAUGUGAGUGUGGAUAUUCAUGUAUAGUUAAAUACCAAGUGGAAGGAUCCUAGCAUUUAAUGUCCGUAAAACUUCAAAUAAUUGCCUGUCUCCAAUACGCGCCGGGUCUGCUGGCAAGUAUCGUAAAUAAACACCGGAGGCGUUUAAUUCAAGUUUUACGGUAAUUGUAAUUAAGCUGAGGUGAUGCAUCGAUUUAUCUAUCGUUUGACGACUAUCGAUAGUCAAGCCUGUGCAUCGUUUUUGUGUAAAGGGUUUAAGCAAAGCUACGUUUUUAUUUAUUUUUAUUACAUUUGUAAUCAGCAAUUAUUUUUUGCGUUAAGCGCAGAGCUUCUCUGUUUCCCUCAGGUGUGACUCUCUGAAUCUGCAUGAGAUUGAGCUCCCCCUCUCCCCCUGCCCGCCCCCUGUGAGUGUUUACUGAUUGGGAGUCUGGUUUACAGGUUUAAACUGUGUUGGUUUUAUUUUUCUUACACUGUGCUGGGGAAACAACCGCUAAUAAAACAAAACAAACAAAAUGAAGCUAACUCAGAGCUCUAACUAAACAAUACUUCAUGUGGUCCCUGACUGAUGUCAGGACGGAUAAGCCGUUUACCCAUCUGAACAAAUACAAUCAAAACAGUUCAUACGUUUCCCCCGGAACAACACACAUACUGUGACUACUCAACUUAUUUGCACAGUAUAGUACUGGAACAAACGCAUCUCUUGCUCACUCUUUGGUGUUGGUUUCUUUCACGUAUUUCUGCUUCCACAAUGCACGCACGUUUCCACUUCCUUACUCCUCUACACCCCCAUCACAAAGCUGUCGGCUAAGCCCAUUUUAUUAAGGUGCCAUUAAUUUUAACAAGCAAUUAACCAAUUGACCAUUAUCUUCAAUUUGUUGAGGAGACAAGCAACUAUGGAUUUUUCAGAGGCGUGCAUACAUGCGGGAACUCAUGACAUCUAGUGGUCAACCCCUUACACUGCAGGGAACAAAGCUCUUCUCGUUCUCAAACUAGCAUACUGAUUCUGCAGCACUUCACCACAGUUAUCAUAUCGGUCUACUUUCGAGAAUCAAACGCUUAUAAGAAUCAAAUCAUCCGGGACGGAUGUGAUUCUUAUAAACAGUACACUGUAUCUAAAACGUAUCGACAAUAACAAUCAACCAUUGUGUUAUAGACUUCCUAACAAGUCUGGCAUAAACAAUUUUGGCUGUUAAUCAAACUCUUUUUUAAAAAAAAAAAAAAGAAAAAUGCUUCACAGAAAAAGGAAGUCCUACUACAGCAGCAGGCGCAGUUUACACUACCUUUGGGUUUCUGAUCGCAUCAGAACAAUUCCAGAUUUAAAUCCUUUGAUGGAAAUGUCCGGUCUACUUUUAAUGUUUUCAAGCAUGUUGGCUUCAUCCCUGCCAUUCUCAUAUCCACUCUGACUCAUUACUGCAUACCAGUCUGCCAGAGGUAUGUGUAUUGCAUGAAACAAUUGUGAAAGUAUAUCUGGAUGAAUUAAUUUGUUGACAAUUUGACUAAUACCAUCUGCAGCACAUGCACGUCUUGACCUUUAAUUCACAAGCAUUUCCUGCCCAACUCGCGUGAUAACUCGUGUCACUCUGAAAAGCAUGGAGAUGCCUCCUUUUUCACCAACUCGAGUUCUGGGAGACUUCAGGUCAAUUCGAGCGCACUCAAGAUGGCUGUCCAUAGAAAUGAGGUACCAGAUCAGAGACGCACGCAGCUCGAGCUGAGAGGCAGGGCUUUGACAGCUCACUCGCACGCCGUGUGUGAGGAGAGAGGAGGGGGUUCGACAGCUCACUCGGACGCCGUGUGUGAGGAGAGAGGGCGACAGAAGGAGACACGCAAAGGCAAUUAUUUAUUUGAGAAAUAAACAUUUUGCGACUGCAACUGCCAGUCCAGAAAGGCUUUUUUGAUUAGUUCUGAUGCUAUAUAGUCCUGUACAGCUGCUUUAUUUUCUGUUUUUAUUUUGUCCUGUGGAUACUGUAGCUUGAUGCAGCAUCCUUUAAAAGCCUCUUCACACUCAGAGAUGCAGUUCAGCUUCAAUAUUCCAACUUUUAUCCAUCAUUCUUCAAUCCAGACUCUACAGGUUAGACAGAUAAAAUCUGGUAUUAUGAAAUUAUUACAAGAAAUUAUAUGUUCCUUCAAUACUAAAGACACCCCUGCUAUUAAGGUCAGAUUUUGUCGGCCUCUACAAUGGCCUUAAUAGCCCUGUAUCUAAAUAAAUAAAUACUCUUUUUUUUCCAUCAGCUACUAAACAGAGUCCUGUGUGCUGCCAUGGACAGUGUGAAGAUGGAAUCUGUCCAGAUUAAAGAGGAGUUCCCGGAACUUGAACUGGUCCCCAUUAGAGUGGAGUUCUCUGGGCUGGCUUCCCUCCCCAUUAAACAGGAGCUCUGUGAGAUGCAAUGUGACAGCAGCCAGCCAGAGGUCUCUGAGAUUAAAGCUGAGCACAAUGAAUUGGAGAUCCCCCAGACAGAAGAAUCCCUUCCUGUUAAACAAGAAGAGGUGCUGGAAACUGUCCGUAUUAAAUGGGAGCCCCCUGAAGUAGAGUUUGAGCACAUGGAACCAGUGAAGGAAGAAUCUGAGGACUUCAAACCAAACAUCCCUGAGCUGGAGCCUGUAUGCCUGCGGGAGUGUAGCGUGGUGCUGGAGAGAAUCUGCGUGAGAGAGCAAGGCGCUGGAGAGGAAGGCUCUCCCAACAGCAUGCAAGGAGGUGGAAAGGAAGACGGGCGCUCCCAUUCAGAAUGCAGUCUAGCAGGUUCCAGUCCAGCAGCUAAAGCGAGGGCGGGCGGUGGAGAAUAUCCUGACUGUGGGAAAGGGUUCACCCAGUUAGGAAACCUGAAAACACACCAGCGAAUUCAUACAGGAGAGAAACUGUAUCGCUGCUCUGACUGUGGGAAGAGUUUCAGUCACUCAAUAACCUUGAAAGCACACCAGCGAAUUCACUAUAAACCGUAUCACUGCUCUGACUGUGGGAAGUGUUUCAGUAGGGUAGACCACCUUGAAAUACACCAGCGAACUCACACAGGAGAGAAACCAUAUCGCUGCUCUGACUGUGGGAAGAGAUUCAGUAAUUUAGGAAGCCUGAAAGCACACCAGCGAAUUCACACAGGAGAGAAACCGUAUCACUGCUCUGACUGUGGGAAGAGUUUCAGUCACUCAAUAACCUUGAAAGCACACCAGCGAAUUCACUAUAAACCGUAUCACUGCUCUGACUGUGGGAAGUGUUUCAGUAGGGUAGACCACCUUGAAAUACACCAGCGAACUCACACAGGAGAGAAACCAUAUCGCUGCUCUGACUGUGGGAAGAGAUUCAGUCGGUCAGACAGCCUUGUUUUACACCAGCGAAUGCACACAGGAAAAAAACCAUAUGGCUGCUCGGACUGUGGGAAGUGUUUCAAUAGGAUACAGCACUUUCAAGUACACCAGCGGAUUCACACAGGAGAGAAACCAUAUCAGUGCUCUGACUGUGGGAAGAGUUUCAGUAAUUUAGGAAGCCUGAAAGCACACCAGCGAAUUCACACAGGAGAGAAACCGUAUCACUGCUCUGACUGUGGGAAGAGUUUCAGUCACUCGGGAGAUGUGAAAAGACAUCAGCGAACUCACACAGGAGAGAAACCAUAUCGUUGCUCUGACUGUGGGAAGAGUUUCAGUAGAAUGGGCAACCUUGUUUCACACCAGCGCAUUCACACAGGAGAGAAACCAUAUAGCUGCUCUGACUGUGGGAAGAGUUUCAGAGAUUCAAGAGACCUAAAAAAACACCAGCGAAUUCACACAGUAGAGAAACCGUAUCGCUGUUCUGACUGUGGGAAGAGUUUUAGUAGAACAGGCAGACUUGUUUCACACCAGCGAAUUCACAAGAAACUUUAAGUCCCCAAAUGUUUAGUUUAGGGUUAAACUUCUUCCACACAUUGUAAUUGUUAUAUGAACACAAUGCUACCAGGGCGAAACCUUUACUGUCUCAGUCUUUUUUCUGUGUUGACCAAUCAUGUAUAUAAUCACAGAAGUGUUGUGUUACUGUCUCCCAAUGCAGGGGUUAGGAUGUGUUGCAAUGGAGCUGCACUGACUCAUGCUGGAGGCUCAUUGCACCAUUAUUAAAAUCUGGAUGCAGUGUUCAUUGCAUUUUGAAAUGCACCAGCGAACUCACACAGGAGGGAAACUGUGUAGGUGCUCUGAAUGUGGGAAGAGUUUCAGACACUCAGGAAACGUGAAUAAACACCAGCGAAUUCACAGAGGAGAGAAACCGUAUCACUGUUCUGACUGGAAAUAGUUUGUCAGGUAGACAGCCUUGUUUUACAACAGCAAACUCACACAGGAGAGAAACCGUAUCUCUGCUCUGACUGUGGGAGUUUCCGUGUUAAAUACAACCUUCAAAAACAUCAGUGAAUUCACAGCAUGGGCGGAGAUGGGGGGGUGGGCAUUGCCAAAUGACAAAUGUUUUCAAUAAUUUUUUAAAAUCCACCCUAUCUUUAAUAAACACUUUCUACACACUCAAUGGCUGCAACUCAUCGGCCAGAUUCGAGGCUGGCAGGGUCAGCUUCUAGCAGCACCUACACAAGCUACUGCAUCAAUACACAACCGUUUUGUGAGAGAGUGGCUUACUGAGCUUCGGCUAAUUUUAAAACUGUGAACAACAUAUUUGAAGCUGUAACUCUGCUUAGAAAAUGACUAUGCUAUAUUAGCUAAAUUGUGAUCAAGGAUAAAAUGGACAGUUUAAUUAAACUGGUCUGCUUACUGAUUCUUAUCAGUGUUUGCUGCUCAACAUGACAAAGACUUAAGUAAAAGUGAACAAAAAGAUUGCAGGGUAAUUAAUCAGCAGAAGUAAACUGCAUAUGAUUUCACGCAGGUCGUAAACUUAUGUGACACUGACAGUUCUUAAAAAGGAUUCGAUAAGUGAAAUAGUCAGAUUGUGUAAUCUCAGUUCUAAUGAGACUUGACUACAAUUAAAUCUGGUGUGUGCUGAUUUAAUGACUGAUUAAUUAUACAACACAAUACUAAACAAUGCUAAAAAUAACAUCUGUCUCUAAGUUGUGUUUAAAUGAGCAACAUGUACUUUUUAAAGCUUGUUGUAUCAAAUUAAGUUCUAUCGCUCGGCCUCUCUGAGUCAUUCUCAGUGCUGGAGCCUUCAUCAUGUUACGCAGCACCCAGGCAGACUCAAAACAUGAAUAUAUAUAUAUAUAUAUAUAUAUAUAUAUAUAUAUAUAUAUAUAUAUAUUGUAAAAGAGUCGCCCUCACGGCGGUUCGUUGCCCCUUUAAAAACACUGACCCAACACACCGAAAUUGAUUUUUAAGCGCGGUUGCCUCUCCAUCUUCCUUGUCUGCUCCUCCUUAAGCCUCUCUAUUAAAUCUUUAAAAUCCAUUUUUGGGUCUCCAGGGGCGCCCACACUCGCUGCCACCAUAUGUAAAAGAAUCGCACUCACUUCGGUUCGUUGCCCCUUUGAAAACACUGACCCAACACACAGAAAUUGAUUUUUUUAAGCGUGGUUGCGCUAUUUUUAAUAAAAACAAAAACAAAAAUAAACAAAACAAACACCUAGCUCUCUUUGAGCACUAACUAAAACAAAACAGGAACCUAAACUAAAACAGGACAGCUAAGCUGUUUACCUGUACAAAAACAAAAGAAACAGAACAGCACACCCAGACAAGGAUUCACUCUACCUUUUUUUUUUUUUUUUUAAUUACGGCUGUACCCACACACCAGCACAAUCGGGCUUCUACCCUCUUCAGCAGCUGCCCAGAGCAGACUGACUGCUCUCCUUUUAAACCCUGCACCUGGCUCUAAUUUUCAAUAAUAGCCAGGUGCAGGUACUGAUUAAACAAUAAAACAAUUAACAAAAGACAAUUAACAAAACAAAAGUGUGCCUUCCGCACAUGUUUUUUCUGCAGAAAGGUUUUAACCCCCUCCCUGCCAUCUCAUAUAUAUAUAUAUAUAUAUAUAUAUAUAUAUAUAUAUAUAUAUAUAUAUAUAUAAUCACAACAAAUACAUAAUCGCAACUAAUCAUGCAUUUUUUAAAUGACCCUGUGUACAAUAAAUGAUAUUUUUAGAUUUUUUUCAAUUAUUUGUCUUGAUUUGUGUGUUUUAAUGCUGUACAGAAUUCCUGUUGUUUUCCAAGAUACUGGUUAAUCUUCCCCUCUAGUUCCAGCUAGCACACAGCUCCUGGGUAUUGCAACACUUGAGCAAGUUUAGAGCUCGGAUGCAGUGCUUUUAACCCUGCAGUAAACUCCAGGGGAAGAUGUAUGUGGUAGUGGUAUAUAGAAUUAAUACAAAAAUAUAUUUAAUAUCUUGUUAACCACAGGUAAUUAUUUAUCAAAGACAGUUUACUGAAGGACCACUCAGCACCAGCAACUUCGGAAUUGGAAGCAGUCAGUGCUUGGUCCAAUUUAGGUGCUGGCGAUUCCUCUACCUGCACCUGGUUACGCAAACUCACUUCAGUAAUGAAAGCUGGUAGAUGCUCUUCCACAGGUGGUUCACAUGCAACAAACAAACCUUUUAUAAUAGCUUCUUUUAGCUGACUGUUGAAGAGGCGGCUUUUAAACUGCGGAUCCAAGGAUGUUGACAAAUGAAAAUGAAGGUCAUCCAUGAAGCUUGAUUACCUUCUUGAGAUCUGACUCAAGAGGUAGUCACUCAUCUUCGAUCGAGGUUCAGACUUCACUUCAAUCUGGCCAAGUGCUCUGCGAAUUCCAGCCACUGUGGGCACAGUGAGAGAUGCUGUAGGAUAUUUUGCCCCAGAAAGAGUUGUGGUUGCUUCCUGAAAUGGCUUCAGCAUCUCACUCACUUCUUCCAGGAGCAUCUUAUCCUCAGCAGCAAUGUUUAGUGCUGGGUCUCUUCAAUUUCAAGGCUGCAAUGUCUAACUACUGCACUUGUUGAAUCACAUUUUCAAUCACUGGCAAGCUUGAGCUCCAUCUUGUAAUGCAGUCUCUCAGGAUCUUCACUGGUUCAGAUCCAGGUUCAGCCAGGUACCCCUUUGAAUAGGCAUUCCCAGCAGUAGGUCACCUUUUAAAAAGUGGGGCUAUGGAUUGACAAUCACUGCAGAUAUUUCCUCUAGUAACACUUGCUUUCCUUGCCUGGGAAGAAUAAUCUCCUGCAGACAGAGGUGCAAUGUAUGAGCUAAACAAGGUGCCGUUUCAAGUUAAGAAGCUGGCACCACCUACAGCAUUGGCACCACUGUCAGUAACAGCACAUGCAACUUGCUUUAAAUAAAAUGUUAUGAUGAAGAAAUGAUUCAAUACCUUAAUAGUCUAAUGAGUUUUUUGCAAUGUCAAGUUGUCAAGCCUAAUUGCUUUUAAUACACUUACAGUAACCUAAAAACAGAUAUUUAAAAAUGAUAUUUUAAAAGGUUCUUAAGUUUAUGUAAAGUAAAAAAAAGACAAUUGAAAAUAAAUGUAGCUGUUUAAAGACAGCCAGGAAAUAUUAUUUCUGACCAACUAGUUCAUAAUAGGUGGGAAAUAUAGUAUAUUGACAAAUUCUUUCAGUAAUCUUUAGAAAAUAAUUGUUCUAAUAAUACUGAUUAAUUAUAGAAACUUUAGUUCUCUAUAAACCAGUGCAUUUUACUUUUUGAAUAAAUGAAGUAGGGAGAAUGUUCUAUGUCUUGUUGUUUUAAUAAUGCAUAAUAUUUUUUUUACAAAAAUACAAUUCAUAAGAACAGGUGUUUUAUACUUAAGAAUUCUUACAUAAUGUUUAAGUAAUACUACAAGAAUGUAUGUUUAAGAAAGAGAUUUAAAUUGCAGAUACAACCCUAAAAAUUCUUAAGUUUACUUCAUCAUAAUUUUUGUUCUUAAAUUAAUAACCUUCUAGGCCCUGUGUGUAUUUUUAUGUGAGCUGAUAUCUGAUACCUUAUACAGCAGUAAUGUAGAUGUAUUACUUAUUAACUAAGAUUUGAU